AUGGAAUCGGACGAGGAUGGUAGCGAUGUGUACGAUGAGAUUGAUCAACACCACAUGACAUUGGAUAUGUCGUCGGACGAGGAGCGGCAGCAGCAUGCCCGGCAUCAAAAGCGCCGUCCGGAAGAGGUGCUUAACGUUGAAGGUGAUUCAUCCGAGCCUGAUGGUGAUGAUGAUAACGCAAGCAGCAGCAACGGAGCUUUUUCGGAUUCCGAUUCUGAUAACGAUGAUGAUGAUGAUAAUAUCGAAAAAUCUGAAUUAGCGGAACUGGAAGAGGAGGAUGCAAUUGCGAGGCAGAAGAAACUGGAUGCUACGCUAAGCCACCUCCCCAUGGAAUUUCAAGAUGAUGUGGUGGCCCCGGAGGAAGAUACUGUUUGUAACCUCAGCGAGUUGCCUGAUAUAAGUAAAAUGACCGAGCAAGAGCAACUACAGUAUUUUUUGAAAGUUAAUCCAGAAUUCAAACAAAUAUUGGAGGAAUAUCAGCAAAAAGUAUGGUUUUUUUUUGUUUUGAAAAGUUUUUUAGGUGCUGAGAAUUCGUCACUGAUCUGGGUAUGCCGCACUGAUUCUUACAGGCUUUUUUAA